UUCUCGUCGGUGACCCACUUUCUCCUUGUAAGAAGGGGCCUGGGACACCUCUCUAUCACUGAUAGAGCCCACCACACCAACCUGCCCUGCCCAGCCACCAUCUGCAACCCCCAAACCCACAGUUAUGGGGUUUUGAACCUCAAACUUCCCUCCUGUUAGUGGGAGAUGGAAAGGAGCUUCUGCUUGUUGGAGGGAGCUGAAAGCUGAGCCCAGGAGCCAAGAGAAGGAUCCCCAUGUGCCUUGUCUACCCCUGGCAACCUAAUGGUGAUGCAUCCCAUUCCCAGCACCUCUCUGUGGGGAAACUGGGGCAUUUCAUACGGAUGGGCAGUUCACAUGAGGGCUGAUGGAGAGUGGGCUGAGGGCCUUGGGGGUGAAGGGUGGCAAGUGCCCCCCUGGGCAAUGACAGUGUGAGCUGUGGAUGUCCAGCUCCGGAUCAUGGGGUGCAAGGACUCCCAUGGGUGCCGGGCCCACCCCAAACCCUUGCUCCCAGGGGAGCACAGCCGUGCUGAGGAGCGAGGCUCUGUGAGUGGAGCUGCCGCCCAGUUUGGGCCCCCUCAAACGAAAGCUGUGGUGCAGAGCUACCUCUGUACAUGACCAUGAACCAUGGUCCCCAACAAUGACAGCGCAGGCCAGAGACAGGUGUCACCUUAAUACCCUCCCAGAAAAGCCAAUUACCCCAGAUGAUUAUGAUUAAUAAUUCUUAAGCCCUAAUCGCGCUGACUCUGGCGCCCGGAGCUUACCCCGGGGGGCACUUUAUAAGAGGCGCCUGCGGGGGUGAACGCUGCCGCUUCUCCCUGGGGUGACGGUGAAGGCUGAGAGGUGGCGGGAGCCCCACUCGAGAGGUGAACCCCCCGCGCACCACAGAACCCCCAAGUAAGAGCACGAGGCACCUCCCAAACCGCAGCCAUGAACGGGACAGAAGGCCAAGACUUCUAUGUGCCUAUGUCCAACAAGACCGGGGUGGUGCGGAGCCCCUUCGAAUACCCCCAGUACUAUCUGGCUGAGCCCUGGAAGUUCUCAGCACUGGCUGCCUACAUGUUCAUGCUGAUCCUGCUUGGCUUCCCAAUCAACUUCCUCACCCUGUACGUCACCAUACAGCACAAGAAGCUCCGGACACCUCUAAACUACAUCCUUCUGAACCUGGCAGUUGCCGACCUCUUCAUGGUCUUUGGUGGUUUCACGACCACCAUGUACACUUCGAUGAACGGGUACUUUGUCUUUGGAGUAACAGGGUGCUACCUCGAAGGCUUCUUUGCCACACUGGGUGGUGAAAUUGCUCUCUGGUCGCUGGUUGUCCUGGCUAUCGAAAGAUACGUGGUGGUCUGCAAGCCCAUGAGCAACUUCCGCUUCGGAGAGAACCACGCCAUCAUGGGUGUUGCCUUCUCCUGGAUCAUGGCGCUGGCGUGUGCGGCUCCCCCGCUGUUCGGCUGGUCCAGGUACAUCCCCGAGGGCAUGCAGUGCUCGUGCGGGAUCGACUAUUACACUCUGAAGCCAGAGGUCAACAACGAAUCUUUUGUCAUCUACAUGUUUGUGGUUCACUUCACGAUCCCGCUGACAGUCAUUUUCUUCUGCUACGGGAACCUGGUCUGCACUGUCAAGGAGGCUGCUGCCCAGCAGCAGGAGUCUGCCACCACCCAGAAGGCAGAGAAGGAAGUGACCCGCAUGGUCAUCAUCAUGGUCAUCGCCUUCCUGAUAUGCUGGCUCCCCUAUGCCAGUGUCGCUUUCUACAUCUUCACCAACCAGGGGUCAGACUUCGGGCCCAUCUUCAUGACCAUCCCGGCUUUCUUUGCCAAGAGCGCCGCCAUCUACAACCCUGUGAUUUACAUUGUCAUGAACAAACAGUUCCGUAACUGCAUGAUCACAACCCUCUGCUGCGGCAAGAACCCGCUGGGCGACGAGGAUACGUCUGCUGGCAAGACAGAGACCUCCUCCGUCUCCACCAGCCAGGUCUCCCCCGCGUAGGCCCCGCGGGGCAGCCGGUCCUCGGGGUGCGCGUCGUCGCCCCGGGAGCACGAACCUGCCCCCGCCACCGCCCGUCCCCGCUGCACCGCCGCGGGCCCUGCGGGGUGGGCUCCUCUCUCCUGGCACUAGGAACCCUGGGAACAAGGCUGUAAAUGUGUACACACGUUUUGUAAUUAAAAUGCAAAGGCUUUAGCUCCGCUGGCGUAAAUCCGCCUUUCUGUUGACUUGCUGAGCGCUCGUGCCCUGCUCCGAGGGCAGACCCCGGCUCCGACGCCUGCGGUGCACGGCCCGAGCUGCCCUCGCCUCCCUGGCCCCAGUGUGACGGCCUGGCCGGUGCUGCCCAGCCGCUCGGCCCCGCUGGCAGCAGCAGGUUUGGCUGCUGCGAGGUGCCCCCAGCCCUGCCCGGUGCUCCCCGCUCCAGCCCUGCCCCACCUCAGGCAUGGCAGGAGCCCUGGGAGGCUCCGUCACCGCCCUGCCGGGACAGGGCACGGGGCCGAUGCACUCGGGCCUCUCCAUGUCGCAGAGGUGAUGGCUGCGGAUCCUGCCCAGCAAGCGGGCAGGACGGAGGGGGCCUGCUGGCACAGUACAGCACGGCACGGCACGGCACGGCACGGCACAGCGCAGCCACGGGUGUCUGCAGUCAGAUGUGCGCGGGGAGGGCUGUGUGCUUGCUCCCGCGGGCGCCCGGUGUUUGCACCCUCGGCACAUCCCUCCUGGAUGUCCCCAGCAGACCCCUCCCACGGCCCCACCGUUCCUCCUCGGGCACCCUGGCCCGCGCCACGCUCCUCCCGCACGCUCCCGCUCCGCCGCGCGCAGUUUGGCACCAGCCCAAGUAGGAGGUUUUGGCCAGUGCUUGUGCUUUUGAGGAUCCAUGGGCGCAUCGCUAAGCUUCCCUCCGCGCUGUAGCAGCAAGGCAUGGGAGCAUAUGGCUCAGAGAUGUCGACAUAUGUUUUGAGCACUACAAGAUGGCAUAUUGCAAUUGUAGCUGUGUUCUUCAUUUUUAUUUUUAGCUCAGUUAUACAAAUAAGAUGUUUUUCUCGCUGUUCAGUGUUAUCAACAUUUGAAACUAUUUUUGUACAUUAUUAUCCUCUCUGAUUUCUAAUCCUAUGCAGCUUUGCAAAGUCUAAUACGGAACAUAUAGAGCCCAUGCAAGUUAAACCUUUAAUAAAGAGCAAUUUGCAAGUA